AGCCCAGCGCUGCGCCGCGCGGGCGGGGGCGGGGCGGGCCGGGCCGGGCUGGCCAGGCCGGGCCGGGCCGCAGGGCGGCCGCGGGGAUGCGGGGCUGGCGGAGGAACCUGGCCAUCUGCCUGCAGCGCCUGCCGGACGAAGACGACGAGCCCUAUGCCAGAGGAGGCAAAGACGCCAUCGGGGCGGAGGGGACGCUCGCAUGCCGCCGACAGAGCAUCCCAGAGGAGUUCCGCGGGGUCACCGUGGUGGAACUCAUCAAGAAAGAGGGCAGUACGCUGGGCCUGACUAUCUCGGGGGGCACGGACAAGGAUGGCAAGCCCAGGGUCUCCAACCUGAGGCCUGGGGGCCUCGCAGCCAGGAGCGACCUGCUGAACGUGGGUGACUACAUCCGCUCCGUGAAUGGGAUCCGCCUGACGCAGCUGCGGCAUGACGAGAUCAUCACUCUGCUCAAGAACGUGGGCGAGCGCGUGGUGCUGGAGGUGGAGUAUGAGCUUCCCCCGCCCGUCCCUGAGAACAGCCCAGGGACCCUUUCGAAGACGGUGGAUGUCGCCCUCUACAAAGAGGGCAAUAGCUUUGGCUUUGUCCUCCGAGGCGGCGCCCAUGAGGACAGUCACAAGUCCCGCCCACUCGUCCUGACACACGUGCGACCUGGCGGCCCCGCGGACAGGGAGGGCUCCCUGAAGGCGGGUGACCGGCUGCUGAGCGUGGACGGGAUCCCACUGCACGCGGCCAGCCACACGGCGGCACUUGCCACGCUGCGCCAAUGCAGCCACGAGGCGCUCUUCCAGGUGGAGUACGACGUGGCUGUGCCCGACCCGGCGGCCAGCACAUCGGGGCCCUUGGUGGUGGAGAUCACGAAGACGCCAGGGUCCACGCUGGGCAUCUCGCUCACCACGGGCUCCCACCGGAACAAGCCGGUCAUCACCAUCGACCGCAUCAGGCCGGCCAGCGUGGUGGACAGGAGUGGGGCCCUUCACGCCGGCGACCACAUCCUGUCCAUCGACGGCACCAGCACGGAGCACUGCUCCAUGCUCGAAGCCACCCAGCUCCUGGCUAGCGUCUCUGAGAAAGUACGGCUGGAGAUCCUACCGGCGCCCCAGUCACGGCGGCCGCUGAAGCCCCCGGAGGCAGGGAAGGUGCAGCCGGCAGAGCACACGCACCGCUGGGGCGCCUGCGUGCCCUCCUCCCACAGCCCCCGGCCCGGUGCCUGCAGGACCCCCAGCUGGGCCACACCCCCUGGCCAGGACCCCAGCCGAUCCUUGUCCUCGACGCCCUUUUCCUCGCCCACCGUGAACCACGCCUUCCCCAGUGCCAACCCCGGCACCCUCCCUCGUGGCUCUCAGCCCGUGAGCCCCCGGACCUCCGUGGGGCGCAGGAAGCCACGCCGAAGGGAGCACCGGAGUUCCCUGUCACUCGCCUCCAGCACGGUGGGGCCAGCUGGGCAGGUCGUGCACACGGAGACCACGGAGGUUGUGCUCUGCGGGGACCCCCUCAGCGGCUUCGGCCUCCAGCUGCAGGGCGGCGUGUUCGCCACCGAGACGCUCUCGUCUCCGCCCCUGGUGCGCUUCAUCGAGCCCGACAGCCCGGCCGAGAGGUGUGGGCUGCUGCAGGUGGGAGACCGCGUGCUGUCCAUCAAUGGCGUGGCCACAGAGGACGGCACCAUGGAGGAGGCCAACCAGCUACUGCGGGACGCGGCGCUGGCCCACAAGGUCGUGCUCGAGGUCGAGUUCGACGUGGCUGAGUCCGUCAUCCCCAGCAGUGGCACGUUCCACGUGAAGCUGCCGAAGAGGCGUGGCGUGGAGCUCGGCAUCACCAUCAGCUCUGCCAGCAGGAAGCGGGGCGACCCUCUCAUCAUCUCGGACAUCAAGAAGGGCAGCGUGGCCCACAGGACCGGCACGCUGGAGCCGGGAGACAAGCUGCUGGCCAUCGACAACAUCCGGCUGGACAAUUGUCCCAUGGAGGACGCCGUGCAGAUCCUGAGGCAGUGUGAGGACCUGGUGAAGCUGAAGAUCCGGAAGGACGAGGACAACUCUGACGAGCAGGAGACCACCGGGGCCGUCAGCUACACGGUGGAGCUGAAGCGCUACGGGGGCCCGCUGGGCAUCACCAUCUCGGGCACCGAGGAGCCGUUUGACCCCAUCGUCAUCUCGGGCCUCACCAAACGCGGGCUGGCCGAGAGGACGGGCGCUAUCCACAUCGGGGACCGCAUCCUGGCCAUCAACAGCGUUAGCCUCAAGGGCCGGCCCCUGAGUGAGGCCAUCCACCUCCUGCAGGUGGCUGGAGAGACCGUCACGCUGAAGAUCAAGAAGCAGCUAGACCGCCCCCUCCCGCCCCUCAAGUCCUGCACCCUCAGCGAGGCCAGCGACGUGGAUGAGGACCCGCCCGAGGCCCUCAGGGGGGGCCCGCUGGCCGCCCGCUUCUCGCCCGCCGUGCCCAGCGUGGACAGCGCGGUGGAGUCGUGGGACAGCUCAGCCACGGAGGGCGGCUUUGGGGGUUCAGGUCCUUGCGUGCCCCAGGCGACUGCCCGCAGCCUCACCCCGCACGAGUGGAGGCCGGCCCGGCCGAGAGCCAGCUAUGCCCCAGCCCCUGCUGACGAGGAGGACGAGGAGUGGGGGCCAGCGGCGAGCCCCGUGCCCGGCCCGGCCCGCGAGGAGGGCUUCUGGUGUGUGCUCGGGGAGGCCCUGGAGGACCUGGAGUCGUGCGGCCAGUCGGAGCUGCUGAGGGAGCUGGAGGCGUCCAUCAUGACGGGCACCGUGCAGGGCGUGGCCCUGGAGGGGCGGCCUGGCCCCCGGGGCUGGCGAAGGGGCCGCGAGGUCCGAGCUGCACCCGACGAGAUGCAGGAGCUGCUGCUGCCGCCACCCCCGCCCCCGCUGGAGAUGCACAAGGUGACCCUCCUUAAGGACCCCGGGCGGAAUGACUUUGGGUUCAGCGUCUCAGACGGCCUCCUGGAGAAGGGUGUGUUCGUGCACACGGUGCGGCCUGGUGGCCCAGCCCAGCGCGGGGGGCUGCGCCCCUUUGACAGGCUCCUCCAGGUCAACCACGUCCGCACGCGGGACUUUGACUGCUGUCUGGCUGUGCCCCUCCUGGCCGAGGCCGGCGAUGUCCUAGAGCUGGUCAUCAGCCGGAACCCGCUGACCACCAGCGGGCGGCCCCCACGAGCGCCUGGCCCCAGGAGCCCCCGGAUGCUGUGAAGCCGACUCGCACUGUGGAC